AAUCGUGCCAUUGUAGUGACUCAUCUCGGGCAGAGCGCUGGGGCUCCGAGCAAACCAGCGAGCAAGCGAGCGGUGCUCGGCGGGGACCGAGAGAGGGAGAGAGAGAGGCGCGGACGGGCGAGGCUGGCCCGUCCGGGAGCGGGCGCCCGGGAAGGGGUGUAGGUCCGGGCGCCGGAGCCGCGGCACCGCGUCCCUCUCCACGCCGGCUCAGCUGGAUCCUCGCGGGCCGGGCGCAGGCUGCCUUCUCCUAGUCAAGUGUCCGAGCCGCUCCAAACUCCGGCGGCGAGUCGGCCACAGGAAGUUUAUUCUCAGCUCCUUUUCUAAAAGGAGGAAAUAGAAGUUUCUCCAAGCGGGCUGCCUUUCUUUCUGCCUUUUUUUUUUUUUUCUUUCUUUUCUGCCCUGACAUCGGGGGUCCCCAGACCUGGCAGGGUUGACCCGCCGGGUUGACUCCCAUUCUUUUUUAAUUACCGAUUUUUGAUUGAGCCGGCGGUCCAGGCUGGGCUCCGAUUGCGCGCGGGGGCGGGAGGGCGCGCGCAGGGGAGGGACCGAGGGACGCGCGGACUUUUUAGAGGGAGGGACUGGGUGGACAACUGGUCCCGCGGCGCUCGCAGAGCAGGAAAGAAGUGGUGUAGCGCUCGGCGCUCAGGGGGCCCUGUUCCCGGGGUGUCUCCGCCUAGGGGGACAAGCCCGAGGCGCGGCCAGCAGAGAGCCAGCGCACAGCAGCCGGUGCGCGGCCGCGGCGAGGGCGGGGGAAGAAAAACACCCUGUUUCCUCUCGGGCCCCCACCGCGGAUCAUGUACCAGGAUUAUCCCGGGAACUUUGACACCUCGUCCCGGGGCAGCAGCGGCUCUCCUGCGCACGCCGAGUCCUACUCCAGCGGCGGCGGCGGCCAGCAGAAAUUCCGGGUAGAUAUGCCUGGCUCAGGCAGCGCCUUCAUCCCUACCAUCAACGCCAUCACGACCAGCCAGGAUCUGCAGUGGAUGGUGCAGCCCACGGUGAUCACUUCCAUGUCCAGCCCAUACCCCCGCUCGCACCCCUACAGCCCGCUGCCGGGCCUGGCCUCUGUCCCCGGGCACAUGGCCCUCCCGAGACCCGGCGUGAUCAAGACCAUUGGCACCACGGUGGGCCGCAGGAGGAGAGAUGAGCAGCUGUCCCCUGAAGAGGAGGAGAAGCGUCGAAUUCGGAGGGAGAGGAACAAGCUGGCUGCGGCCAAGUGCCGGAACCGCCGCCGGGAGCUGACGGAGAAGCUGCAGGCGGAGACGGAGGAGCUGGAGGAGGAGAAGUCAGGCCUGCAGAAGGAGAUCGCCGAGCUGCAGAAAGAGAAAGAGAAGCUGGAGUUCAUGCUGGUGGCCCAUGGGCCCGUGUGCAAGAUCAGUCCCGAGGAACGCCGGUCCCCGCCAGCCUCCGGGCUGCAGUCCCUGCGCGGCGGGGCCAGUGGAGGGGUCGGCGCCGUGGUGGUGAAACAGGAGCCCCUGGAAGAGGACAGCCCCUCGUCCUCAUCAGCGGGGCUGGACAAGGCCCAGCGCUCCGUGAUCAAGCCCAUCAGCAUUGCUGGGGGCUUCUAUGGCGAGGAGCCCCUGCACACCCCCAUCGUGGUGACCUCCACUCCUGCCAUCACUCCGGGCACCUCGAACCUCGUCUUCACCUACCCCAGCGUGCUGGAGCAGGAGUCGCCAGCAUCGCCUUCUGAGUCCUGCUCCAAGGCUCACCGCCGAAGCAGUAGCAGUGGGGACCAGUCAUCAGACUCCUUGAACUCCCCUACUCUGCUGGCUCUGUAACCCAGCUCCCAGGGGCGGGGGUGGGGAUCCUCGUCACUGCCUCCUGCCCAGGGACCAGCACCUUCCAGCACUCCAGGGCCAUGAGGGGAAGAGGGGGACCCUGCCAGAGAGCUUCCUGGCCCUGAGGAGACCCAGGUGGGAUUUGGUGGUGAGUCGCCAGAGGACUUGGAUGAGCUCUUGGAUGUCACAGGACCUCCUCCUCCCUCGUCCGUCUCGCAAAGCAAAUCCUGUUUCUUGAAAAACAUUGGAGAACUUGGUUUGAUGGACUCGGGCAUCUCCCUGGCUUCUGAAGAGCUUGAAGCUGGUGUGGACCUUUCCUGUCCCUUGGUUCCGACGUGUCUCUGGAGUGAUGGCGUCCUUCCCGCCCCACCAAGCAUGCUCAGUGCCUUUUUGGUUUCACCUUUCCUCUGUUUGCCCCUUCCUUCCCCCGGUGUCAAUUUCACUUCCUCUUAGUUUUUUAUCGAAUUUGCCAUGACAUUUCAUCUGGGUGGUCUGAAUAGUAAAGCUCUUCAUUUCUGAAGAGGGGGCAGCAGGGUGACUCUUUGGCUGGGGCUGACUUGUCCAGAAGGGGACAGUCCAUGUGCAAUACAGAACCUUCCCUCCUCUGACACUUCUGGUCCACCACCAUCUCCGGAACUGCCAGCAGGGCUCCUUGAGCUCUCCAGGAGAGGCCACCAUCGCUAGGAGGUUUGGAGGACCCUUCCUCCCCAUCCUCGGAGACGGCUUUUGGAGGAGCAGCUUGGCCAGAAGACAGGGUGUGAGUGAGACAGCUGGGGCACGGAUUGGGUUUGCCAAAUGCCUAAUUACCAGGCCGGGAAUGGCCAGGAAUAGUGCCAAUGAACUACACGUUGUGUCCCAGCCAGCCUCUCUUCACCCGUGUCUUGAGUAGGACGUCUCUUGUAAUUACCGCCUCGUCAUUCUGCCCCGGACCCUUCUCUCCUUCCUUCCUCGGAGCCACACAUCACUCCAAGUCCCUGCCGGCUCCACCCUCCCCCAGCCUGCCUCUCAGGGCGACGCCACCCGUGGAGGUUUAAUGAGCGUGGGCCCUCCCCAAGCCUCAAAAUCACCUCUGCUGUGGAUGGAGAGGCCGGGGGAGGAAGGAGGGAGGCAGUCGGAGUGGCGUUUGCCUCGCGGCAGCCCCAGCGCCUGCUUCUCGCCUCUCACCGAGGUGCUGGGCCGUGCUACCCUCUGUGGUCAUCUGCUACCUGAUGGAUCUCGCGCUUUUUCUCUUACACUCCCCUGCCCCCUCACCCCAGUGUGCUCCCCAGGUCCACCAGCCGGCUGUGAACAGCUGGCCCAGAGCUGUUGCUGUGGCUUGCAGCUUACGCGCCAUUCCCCAGGGGCUGCUGAAAUCAGAGAUGAAUCCCACUGCAAGAGAGCUGCCCCUUCCCGUGGGGUGGGGGAUGGGGAAAAGGGGUCCUCCAGUCCCCGGGAGCACAGCUCCGCAGAGCUCCGCGGAGUCCCCGCCUGCCACCCCUUGGAGCCUUUUUUUUCUCCCCAAGGCUGGUCUUCCAGCUUUGGCCUCUGCUGGGCUAGUGCUCUGAGGGAGGCCCCGCUAUUGUGAUUCAGCUCUAGAGAUCAUUGUAUGAUAAUUUAAAACUAUAUAGAUAUUAUUUAAAUCAACCCAGUGGGGGUUAAAUCUCAAAGUUGGACUUGGGAGAGAGAGAGAGAGAAAAAGCGAUGACAGGGCUGCUCACCUGUUCCCUUCACAGACCCAGGCCUGGCACGCCGGCUGGUAUUUAAUGUUCAUUACUCGUUUGCCAUGCCCUAGACACACAGAAUGGAACAGCCCAAUGCCUAAAAUACACAGCCCACUAUGCCUGGGAGUGAUGUGUGGAGGGGUAGGGCUUGCAAAGAGAGGAGACUAAAAGAAACAGGAUUUUUUCCCAAAAUGCUUUAAAUAUGUUAUUUCCCACAUUCCUUGGCUGUGACGCUGCCCCCCAGUUCCCCAGAGGUUCUGGGAGGGGCACUCCUAAUAAGAUGGGGCCUUUGGGUUUCUGGCUUCAGAUUAAUCAAGGACACAGAAGUCGGCUAGGAGUAGCAGGAGACAGGCAAAAAGAACUGGGGUGAACUCAGCUCUGAAAGACUUAAUCAUCUCAAGUGGUAUUUGUGGCCAACUGGGAGCUAUUUACUUCUUUUUGAAUAUAUGUAUUAUAUAUUUCUUAAAUGAAGCUGCUCUCUGGUGUUUUGUUUCUAAAGUCCCUUUGUGCCCCGCUUUGCACAGCCCUGAUCCCAAGGCAGGCCCCGGCAUGUGACUUGGGGCCAGGCUGGACAUUCCUGAGAUGGAGUCUGGCUUUAGUUCAGAUUUCAAACUGCAUUGGCUUUGGGACCAGCAGAAAGCAAGAAACCAGCCGACUUGCAGGACUUCGAGGCCUCUGAGCUGUGUUUCUAUUCAGGACCCUCUAACUUUUCUCUCGGAGGUGGUUUGGCUUCCCCAAAGCCAGAGGUUAUUUGGAGAAGACUGAAUAUUCACUCGUAACUCAUAGGCAUAUCCUCAGUCACUGCCUUCUGGCUGGUUCUCUAAAGCUGCUGCCAGACACCAGGCCUGCUGCUUCCCCCUCCUUCCUUUCUCCUCCUCAUCAGGAGCAGUGGCAGGGGGAGCCUUUGGACUUGGGCAGGGAACCCCGUGCACCCCUGUGUCCCCAGCCGUGAGGCAACUGGUGUGGACUCCAGUUGGGCUGCAGGCAGCUCUGGGACAGCAUAGGGCAGGCACUCCUUGACAGGCUGGUGUGAAACACACAGUCCCCUUGGCCACCUGGCCACCUCUUGGGAAUAGCCCUCUUCCUGUUGAGUGGAUGGGGACAGCUGCUGACACAGGACAGAGAGGCGAUCCCAGGUGAAGCUUAGGCAAUUACCAGAGCCAACUCAAAGCAGAGAAUUCACCGGGGAAGUUUUCAGGAAGAAAUAAUUGUUCUGCCUGUGAGACUGGCCAGCUGUCUUCACUGUGGCCCAUCACACAAGCAUCUCAAAGCCAGGAAACAUCAGAGGCUACUGGUUCCCUUUCUCAGGCUUUGGGGAAGGGAUCUCCUCUCUGUUCCCACUAGGCUCCAUUUUAAGGUUGAGCUCAACUUACAGGCAUUGGGACUUUUCUCCCCUUUCCUUGAUGGACCAACAGUACUUGCAAUCUCACCUUGUAACUUUUAGGUUGAUUUCCUCCCUUGAUCAGACAUCCAUGUGGCCUCUUGAAGAAGGAAAAGAAUAGCACCUACUAUGUGCCAGGCACUGUUAGGCACUUUUAUAUAUAUAUACUCUCUUUAGGGUGAGACUACGUGAUGAGGACUUCCCUUAUUAAAGGCCCACCACUAAUGGAUCAACAAAAACACUUGGAGGUGAGAAGGUCUUUCUCCAAAGAUCCAAGGCAAGAUUGCCUUCAGUCUGAGGUUUGUUCUUAAAGACCCACCCCCUACAAUAUCCUCCCACCUCUGAAUUUGUUUUCCCUGUGAUGUGCUCCUUUGCACUCAUCAGAUGGUUAACCUGAGUCCUUAUAGAAUUUGUGGACCAAUAGGAUAUGUGGUGUGUGUAACUUUCUUUUAAAAACUUAAGUAAAGUGGUCUUGCUACUUUCUGCUUGUUGAGUCUUCUUGGCAUUCAAUCUUAAAAGCCAGCAUCUCACUAUUUAUUGACGGGUUGUGUGUAUGUGUGCGUGUGUGUGUGUGUGUGUGUAUACAUUUCUAGGUGUGCCCAUGGUCCUCCUGCACCUUUUAAAAAGGAAACCCAGUCACCUCACUACCUAUUUGACAUCUUCUCAUGCUUCUAGUAUAUUGGUUGUACAUCAACAAAGGGUUUUAAUUUUCUAAUGCUGACAUGUUCAGGAGGAGCUGGGUCAAAUUUUGAGCAGGGCAUGGGAAGGGAAGGGGGAGAAGUAAUUGACAUUUAUUUUAUUAUUUAUUUUAAAUGUUUACAUCUUUGUAGCCUGAAUAGAAACAGAUAGCAUUAAAAUGCUCAGUUCCUCUCUCCCUCUCUUUCUUCUUUAUAAUUUUUUUAAAUUUAGGCUAAUGAUGCUUUGUUGUUUCUAAAAUGAUUUGUGACUUGUGCUGUAUAAACUGUAUAAAAAAAGGUUCUGUUUUUAAAGAUGGUGUGUCAUUCCCUCUGGGGACAGUGGUCACCAAGAACUCUACGUUAGAAGAGAACACAAGGAAAGAUCCUGCUCUGUUCCUCAAAAAUUAUUUUCUGUGUAUGAUUAAAAGUUUAUUCCAUUUAUUUUAGUUUGUGGUUACUUGAUGUCGAGGAAGAAAAAAUUUCACGUUUGUAUAAAGAAUAGGUAUCAGGGUGUCUUUUCUGAAGUGAAAGAUGUAUAUAUAGUAUUUUGGUAUAUUGUGGCAAAUCAAAAGCUUUGUGCAUCUGUAUUUGAGGUAUGUUGAUGAUGUGGAAUAAAGACUGCUCUAAGAUUCUGGAGGUAAAAAAAAAAAAAGUUGUACAAGAUUCCUACAGCUUGAUGGGGAAUUUAAUUAUCUUUCUGAGCACCUUGUCUUUUUUUUUUUUUUUUAAGUAUUGGUGAAAUGGUCCCAUUGGAAAGGCUUCUAAAUAGGCCUCUCCAGGCAGGACUAUGAGCUCAAAAAUCUUUGUAUAGUUUUGAAAUUUGAGGAGUAGCUCAGCUCUGAAGCAUCUCUGGUGGUGUUUUGUUGUUGUUCUGUUUUGUUAUUUUACUGUAUUACAAGCCUACAGUAUUUGCACUAAAGAAAGCUUGUUAGAAAAAGCUUGCUGCUAUGGAAGAAAGAACAUAUUACAACUUUUUUUCCUUUUUUUUUUGUUAGCUUUUUCACUUUCCAUUGAGUAGCUUUUUGUAGAAUAAAAUGAAUUAAGAUUGAA